AUGACUUUGCUAGGAAACCAAGAGCCCUUGCUGAGAUUGCAGGAUGGAAAGCCACCGAAUUUCAGGCUUUCCUUGCUUUAUACAGAUCCAGUUGUUCUGAACGCAGAGGAUGUAAGAAAUCAUGGUCCUUUAGAUGAGUUCUCUGCUUUUCCCCUUGAGAACUUUUUAGGCACUGCACGGCCGAUCGACGGGAGACCGAUGCAGCAGGUGAUGAUUGGUGCUGACAAACUCGAAGUGGUUCCAGAAUUCUGCUACCUUGGAGACAUGCUCUCUGCAGGGAGAGGCUGCAAGCUAGCUACUAUCACGCGCUGCAAGUGUGCAUGGGGAAAAUUCCGGCAGCUGCUACCACUUCUUACCAACUGCCAUCUACCACUGCUCACCCGGGGUCGGGUGUAUUCGACGUGUGUGAAGAGCUCGAUGCUGCAUGCUUCCAAGAGGUGGGCCACGAAGGCGGAAGUCCUAAACCGUCUUCGGCGAAACGACCGCGCCAUGAUUCGCUGGAUUUGCAACGUCAAGGCUAAAGACGAAGUCAGCUCUGACUCCCUUCUCGUGAAGCUGGGCAUCCAGGACGUGGACGUGGUGCUCCAUUCUAAUAGGUUGCGGUGGCUCAGGCAUGUGGAGCAUAGCACAGGCUGGAUCGCCCGGGCACGCAAGAUUGAGGUGAUUGCGCAGAAGAGAGCAGGCAGACCAAAGAAGACAUGGGAUGAAGUGGUGAAGAAUGACCGAGCAAAGCUUGGCAUGGAUUCUACGGACCCUCAUAACCGCUCUGUGUGGAGAGGGCAGGGCGUCUUCGAGAAAGACAAGUCAGACAGGCCACACCCUCGGUAG